UGUUUUUUGCAACUGGUUAAAAUUGGCUUUGGGUGUUCUUUCUUUGCAAGGAGAAGAUACCCUUUUUGUCCUUUCUUUAUUUGUGUGUUCUUGUGUAGAUGUUCUGUAUUUGUUUGGUGUUUCUUAGGUGCUUUGAUUUUGAUAUAUAGCUUUGAAAAGGAGUGAAUAGUGAAAAAAUACACUUAAGAGUCAUUUGAUACGAGGUAUAAGGUAUAAUAAUCUCGGGAUAAAAUGCAAGAUUGGUUUUUAAUAAUACCUCUUUUGUUGUUUUUGCAUUGUUUCUUGUUUUCUGCAACUGGAAAAAAAAUGGUUGUGGGUGUUCUUGCUUUACAAGGAUCUUUAAACGAACACAUAGCAGCUUUGAAAAGAUUGGGAGUGAAAGGCGUGGAGGUGAGAAAACCAGAACAGUUGUUGAACGUUAGCUCCCUAAUCAUCCCUGGUGGGGAGAGCACCACCAUGGCCAAGUUGGCUGAGCUUCACAAUUUGUUCCCCGCUUUGCGUGAGUUUGUUCAAAUGGGGAAGCCGGUAUGGGGAACAUGUGCAGGGCUCAUUUUUUUGGCAAAUAAGGCGACUGGGCAGAAAACUGGAGGACAAGAACUAGUUGGGGGCCUUGAUUGUACUGUCCAUCGAAACUUUUUCGGGAGCCAGAUUCAAAGCUUUGAGACAGAACUUCCUAUUCCUCAAGUUGUAGCUAAAGAAGGUGGUCCUCCAUGUUUUCGUGCUGUUUUCAUCCGUGCUCCGGCAAUCCUUGAUGUAGGACCAGACGUUGAAGUGCUGGCAGACAUUCCCGUCUCAGCCAUUGCUAUUCAGAAGGAAGAGGAUUCUACCGAGUCUGGAAAGAAAGUAAUUGUUGCUGUAAAGCAAGGGAACUUACUAGCUACUGCUUUUCAUCCCGAACUAACUGCAGAUACUCGAUGGCACAGUUAUUUCUUGAAGAUGGUGCCUGAAAUCGAGGUCGGAGCUUCUGCUAUCGUCUCCACAUCCACCACAACUCAAAGCUUCGGAGGGCGACCGAUUAUUGAUUUUCCCAUAUACCAAUAGCAGAAAAAUAUGCUCAGAAAGUAAUGCAGAUCAUAUUAAAAGGUCAAAUGCUCAUUGCCAUUGUUGUUGUUUUGCCUAUUUCUUGGCCUAUUGUUGCUUUUUUUUUUUUGGUUUCCCAUCUGAUGUCCUGGACCCGCAUUGGAGUCCGACUAAUCCGGAUUCGCACCGGGUAGGGCCCCAUUCGGGAGGUAGCGCUCCCUACCAAGGAUUUUUCGAUACCCAGAGCUCGAACCCCUAUUGUUGCUUUGUUACUAAUCCUAUAUUCUAAAUGAUGACAAGAAAUAUUGAUGCUAUUCAUUGUUGUACAUAAUAGUAAAGGAUUUUCUUUC